AUGACCACUUCAGAUCUCGAUCUCCUGAAGGAGAUGGGCUUCGACCCGGCUAAGGCCGAGAUCGCCCUGAAGAAGGGGGGCGGCUUGCAGGGUGCGCUCAACUGGCUCGAGGAGAAUCAAGACAAAUCACUGGAGGAGAUCCAGGCCGAAGAGGCCAAGCCCGGCCCGGCCAUCACCGUCGGGCAGGGCGCCGAGUCGUCGGGUGCCGGACAGCAGGCCAGGUCUCUAGUUUGCAAUGAGUGUGGCAAGCGGUUCCGGAACCACGAUCAAGCGACCUUCCAUGCUGCUAAGACUGAGCACACCGACUUCUCCGAGUCGACCGAGGAGAUCGCUCCUCUGACGGAGGAAGAGAAAAAGGCCCGUCUCGAGGAGCUUCGCAGAAAGAUCAAAGAGAAGAAGGCGGCCCAAGCCGCCAAGGAGGCCGAGGAAGCCAAGCGGAACGAACAGAUUCGCUUGAAGAACACGAAAGAAGCUCAGGAUCUAAAGGAGGAGCUUCAGCGCAAGGAGCAGAUCCGUGAGGCCCAGCGCAAGAAACAAGAGAAGCUCGAGGACCUUGAGGCGAAGCGCCGCAUCAAGGCCCGCAUUGAGGCCGACCGUCUCGAGCGCAAGCGCCGCGAUGAGGAGGCCCGCGCUCUCCGUGAGGGCCGGCUCCCGAACACCGUGCAGCCUAACGCCCCCUCCCCAACGGCGUCUGCUGCUGCGGCAUUUGCCUCUUCUGGUUCUAGCACCGCCACGGCUCGGUUGCGCCUGCAGACCAAAAACGGAAAUUUGGUGAAGACUUACCCGAGCGAGACGACGCUCUUUGAGGUCGCACAGUCUAUUGAGGCCGAGGUGGGCGCGCCCGUGGAGAAGUUCUCGACUACGUUCCCUCGGAAGGUGUUCGAGAAGGUAGACUUUGGGCAGACGCUGGCCGAGGCUGGGUUGACGCCUAGCGCCGUGCUGGUGACCCUAAGUCUCAAGCCGCCCUCAGCCUUGGCCCCCGCAUCUCUCAUCCUCAGCGGGCUCGGCGCAACUCGCAACGAGCGGAGCCCCGCGCUGCGCGACCCCUCCAUCCCGUCGAUUGCCGACCCGCCGCUCUCUGUUCACUACCGAUCGGCCAUUGUACCUGACCCCCGUCCGAUCCUGUCGGUCGCCUCUCACGCCCUUAUUUAUACAUCCAAGCAUCACCCCAUGACCCGGCCUCUUCGUACUCUUUUGGCCAGAACAAACUCUGCUUGCACCACCGUUGCAAGAAAUUGUAGCGUUCCUAGUUUCAAACCCCGCUUUGCUCCUAUCCACAGAACAAUUGUGAGAACCAUGGCUACCGACGCUCCGAAGUUCGAGUGGCUUGUUGUUGUGCCCGACUUCCCUGGGGCGCAUGAAAAGAGGCUUGAGGUUCGGCCUCAGCACUUCGCCGGUCUGGGCCCCUUCAAGGAGUCUGGCGUCUAUCAGAUGGGCGGCGCCGUCCUCAACGACGUCCCCACUUCCGACGACCCCAAGGACUUCAGCUUCGCCGGCAGCACCCUGGUCGUGCAGGCCACUAGCCGCGAGGAGAUCAAGGAGAUCUUGCGCAAGGACGUCUACGCGCAGGUUGGUGUGUGGGAUGUCGAGAACGCCCAAAUCUGGCCUCUGCUGUGUGCCUUCAGGACCCAGAAAUAA